CAGGUCAUCAAAACUACGAUGUCUCUUCAUACACAAACCUGUCACUCGUCACUCAGUCAAAAGUCCAUUUUCUUACUCAUCCGAUUUGGACUGAUCACCGCACACAACACGAUGCCUAAACUAUUAUUCAUUGGUAGUUGCUGGAGUUGUCAGAAGCAAAGGUUACAGUUUCAAGGCAAGAGAAUGCCUAGAAUUUCUUGUAGAAAUAGAAAAAGCCGAGUUGGAUUGAAAGAUAUUGCUGUGUUUACCACUUUCUUGCAAAUUUCCGAUUCGACUGAAAACAGCAACAAGGAAAACAAAGAUAGUGUCUCAUCGAAUGAAAUGGAUAUUAAUCCUGCUUCUGAACUCCAUCCUAGUUGGAAUAUUUAUGAGGAACCCGGAAACAAAUGUCUUAUUUGUUUAGGAAGAGGAAAAGUAAAAUGUCUGUACUGUUUCGGAAGAGGAAAUGUACGAAUAGGUCCUGACGAAGAAGAUAGCAUUCUUUGCAAUCAAUGCAACGGGGAAAAGUACACCACUUGUGAACGUUGUGAAGGUACAGGAGUAAGGCCUAACGUCAUUUACGACUUUGAAACGCAUCAAUGGGUACCUGGACCUAGCAACGCGGAUGUUUUGAAAAGAAUAAAAGAAAAAUGGAAUAAGAACCAAACAUAGCAAGUCCUAUUCCUAUAUUUCAAUAAAGGGGUUUUGACUGGAACCCAUGUGAGAAUAUGUAUUAGGAAAUAGGUAAAAGAUAGCCUUGUUGAAUCAGCAAUUC